UCCGCGUUAAUUGACAAGUUGCAGUUCGUGCUGGCUACGUCCAGUGAAAUGAGUUUUUACGUCAAUUUGUAGCAGAAAUCUGUACACUAGAGGAUUGUGUGUUGUCUAUUCGAACUUUGGAGACUCACAGAGAACUAUGUAUCGAGGAAAUACUUCAGUUUAGCCGAGUUGAAUGGUUUCAAGACCUACUUUGCGCGGAGGAGCGGGUAGUGUGGGUGGUGACGCGCCAUUUCCUGAGCGGCCCCAGCUGAAGCCGUGCCAACAUGAAGGCUGAAAGUCGGUGAAAUCGGUCAAAACUUGAGGCGAAAUUAAACGUUUUCCGGGCUGUAGCGCGAGGAUGGGCGCGGCGCCGGCCCCCGACGACCACCUUCUGGAUUUACGGUGCUAGGACGAUGGAUGGGCAGCGCCAAUUCACGGAGGACAAUUCGCUUGUCCGAGUGCGUGCCCAAGUCAUGACCAGAGAUGACUCCUCAGGUGGCUGGCUGCCCCUUGGGGGAGGGGGUCUCAGCAUUGUGGGGGUCUACAGCUUCCAGAAGGAGGGGGACGUCCUCCCCAAGAAGGACUUUGUUAUAUACGGAGAAAGGUUAAAAGACAAAACAGUGGUGCUAGAAUGUACACUAAGAAAAGACGUCCAGUACAACAGAGUCACGCCCAUCUUCCACCACUGGUUCCUGGAGGAUAAAAGAUUCGGACUGACUUUCCAGAGUCCAGGAGAUGCCCGUGCCUUCGACAGGGGAAUAAAGAGGGCCGUGGAAGACCUCUCUGAAGAAUCAUCACCUUCCUCAGUGCCUAAGUCUUCACCAGGUGAACUUGAUGAAGAAGACGUUUUUGUUUCUUUAGAUGGUGACAGCAGUCGGGAGCCGACGCCCAAGCCGCCAAAGAAGGAACGGAAGCCGGUGACCGUAGCAACGCAUGACCCUUACUUGAGCCAGUUCUCCCACCCACACACCACCCACUCCCACCUCCACAGAGUACACUUCAUCACACCCAGCAAGCCCAUCCGCGGCUCACGCAGAUUACACUCUACCAGAGAGACCACACAUCCUGAAGUGAUAUUCCAGGAGGAACAUACCUUCAUCAAAACUGAGUCAGCCAAAGAUAAAGACAAACAGGACAGCAACAGGGACAGUAGUGACAGUAGUGACGUAUGGAUCAGGCAUCCGGAUUCAACGGGGCGGACGGCAUUUGCCGACCUGCCAGGGCACCUGGCCUUUCCCGCGGGCAGCAGCGAGAGUACGAGUGACGACGCAGAUUCGUAUGUUCAUUUUUCGAAAAACUACCCGAAAGUGCACGAUUAUAGUUAUCCUAUGUUGGAACCAAUCCGGACAGACACCAGUUCCUCCAAAAGUGGCAAAUCCCGCAUAGUAACAGUCCAGCCUUCAAAGAUAUUCCAGGAUAGAAGAUCACAGAGUCAAUCAGAGCCAUUGAGACCUCAGACCGGACACCAGCGAUGUGUGUAUUGUCGUGAGAUGUUUAGUCCAGAUGGGAACCGGCCGGGAAGCUGUGAGUUUGCGCCGGACCAGACACAACAGUACAUGAAAAGAGUAAGCUGCAUGGGAGCAGCAGAAAUGAUGAUGUAUCAUUGCAUGUCAGACGCUGAGGGGGACUAUGUGGACCCAUGUUCGUGUGACACGAGCGAUGACAUGUUUUGUAGGAGGUGGGCCGCGCUCUCCGCCUUAACUUGCGUGGUACCGUGCCUCUUGUGUUAUCCGCCUCUCCAGCUGUGCUACAAGUGUGGAAUCCGGUGUCGGUGCUGCGGCGGGAGGCACAAAGCCGUAUGAUGCAUGGCACCUUUCUUCCAUUGACUGCCAUAGAGAAAAAGCAAGGACGUUACCACAUCUGAUAAGCGACAAUUAUCGCGUGCAGGAUUCUUGUGGAAACGAUACAUAUGCCCGUAGUUCCAGGGCCACAAUUGCAAAACGAUCCUCGCUCCACUGUGAAAUGGUCGGCAGGGAGCGUGUGUGUAGGAGCUGGUCAGACUGUAGAGUUUAUAUAGUAAAUAGUGUAUAUAGAGAGUUGGCAAGUUUAUUGGCAUUGUUACCACAUGAAAGCAUUUGUAGACUUUUGUAAAAAAGGCAAAAACAAUGUGAUGGCUUUAAUGAAAAAAAGGCUAUUCAUGAAUUGAGAGACAGCAAAUGAGGAUGGGUAAAUCUAGAUAGCUCUAUUUCCUUAAUAGUUGUAUUUAUUAUUGUGUGCAUGAUAGCAUGUAGGAUGGCUUCCCAGCAUUCUCUAUGCCUUAAACUUUGCAUUCCAACCUCUGGCUGGGCACCAAGGGCAGCCUCGGUCUCACGCAGCUGAGAUGGCAUUAACCUCAAGUGACCCUAAGAUCAACAAAGCUCACCUGACCAAGUCUGGGUUCCAACCACCCAUUUUUAAAAGUCAAUUGUCCUUUGGAUAGAUAGAUAGACACAUUGGCAUCUUUUACCAACAGAGUCUUAUAUUUGAUUGCCUAGUUCUGGUCUUGACAAGUCAGAAUUUUUUUGGAUAAUUGAAGUGAUUCAUACAUGUAGGUAAACUGGUUCUUACUUUGCUUUAUGUGUCUGUUAUAAAAGUAUAACAACAAUGAUGAAAAAUUUUAAGAUAACGAUUGUUUGAAUUCAUAUUUAGUUAAAAGAAUGAAAAUAAAUUUUAAAAUUUCAUACAGUGCAGAAAACCCCCAUAACUGGUAUUGUUGCCCAUUGUGUUUCCCCAUGAAUAUUUGGCGGGAUUAAGUCCACCCAGUUUGAGACUUUAGAGGCAAACUGUAUUUUGCCCAAAUUCCUUGAGGAGCUAUUGGCAGUGACACAGGAUGUCUUGUCACUCAAAAAAAGCUUUUUUUAAUGUCCUAGGAUUUUGAGGACAUCAAUACACGGAAUUCUAUUUCAUCAGUCAAGUUAUCAGGUCUCGUAACCUUAAAUGAACCCACUACCUUCAGGGACUGUGCCAGUAAAGGCAUACAUAUUUAAUGGCAGGGUUUUAUUUCCUUGUAUGUGGUCAUUUUUCUCAACAAAGAAACGCAUUGCUGUGAUGCCUGUAGUCCCCUCAUGGUCCACCCAUUUCUGAAGCAUUUAUGUCAACAUUUGUUCCCUUGAGGUUGAGCAGUAAUGUAGCACAGGAAUGGGGUGAGCUUUUAUAGAUAAGUCAUUUUCUGAAAUCCAGAUUAUUGGUAAUAUGACAGUGCCCCAUCUCCAGAUAUUCAGUCAGGCUUCUGGGGUCUGUGUUGUACAAAUUGAUGUGUCUUCUGGCCUCUACAAUAAAGACAUCAGUAUUAUUGGGUAUUUUUAGGACAAAAUUGCCCAAAAAACUACAUCAUUUGAAUUAGAUUUGAUGAAAUGACAAUAGAUUCUGUCACCCUAUUCAAGAUUGUUUUCUGUGAACCAUCACCCUGAUAUCUAAAGUGUGUUACAUGCUAAAAAUCAGGUUUGGGUUGAAAGAAAUCAUUCCCUAUUAAUAUACAGUAUUAGAGAUGCUUUUCCUACUCAGAGAACAUCUCUUGAAAAUUGUGCCCCCUAGCAUUCCUUGAUAAAAUUACAGAACAGGGACAGUGCUGAAGUACAAGAAUUUUUUCCUAUACCCCUUUCAAUUUAGCCUGGAGCCUUGUUAGCUUUUGUUGCUCUUGAGCGUCGUGGGGUAGCGACCUUUCGGAGCAGACCAAAGCUAGCAAGGCUGGAUUCUAGGCUACUUUCAAUUCAAUAGGUAAUGUUAUAUAAAGGCUCCCCCACCCACCUACAUUGCUUCAGUUGUCUGCCCUCCCCCUUGAGUGGUGGCAGUUUGCAACAACGUACAGGUAAAAUUUAAAACCUAGUUCUGACAGGUUCAGAUGCUGUGAGGGUUGUGGUGGUGAGAAAAGUGCUGUCAGUAAUAGUUGUCAGUCUACAUGUUGCUGCAUUGCUGUGCCUCUGCUUUUAUCUUAACUGAUUUUUUCUCCAUAAAAUUAUUUUUUGUGUAGGGUUUUGAAAAGCACCCACCUUAUCCCCACUAGUGUUAAUUUGUUAGGUAGGUUGAAGUAGAGGCUGAUGAUUCAAAUGUUUUACAGAUCGGCAAAUACAUGUAGAACAACAGAAAUCUUGGGAUGAAGGUGUAUACUUGUAACAUUACAUACAUAUAUUGGCAAAUGUAUAUCCUGCACAAAACUAGCCCUGCUCCUUUUAGCAUCUGCAGCAGCAGGAAAAAAAUAUCUUACUGCAGGAAUUUAAACAGUGUUGUCAUCCUUACUCUAUAUCCUUAUGGAACUGUGCCUUGGCAGAUGGUUAAAAACCAAGGAACUGAAAGAGUAAGACCUGAUCUCUGCCUUUCUGUGAGACUUGUUCAUUCACAAUGCUUUGACAGUUGGACUGAUUGGGCUUUCCUGUACCUGAAUGUACAUGUAUUAUUCACAGGGCAUGAGAGCAUCUUUUAUUUUAAGAGUUGUGCAUAGGGCUUUUGAUUUGAUUCUGCUUUACUGCAAAUGAUAACCAUGUUAACCCAAAUACUUGUAUAUUGCAUUGGUUGGUGGAUCGACGUGGCUUCUUUUGUGCAAGGAGCCACUGGUAUGUCUUGUAAAUAUAUACUCAUAAUCAGACUUGAUGAUGACAAACUCCCUUCAACUAUGUAUAGAAAGAACAAAAAUUAUGAAACUAAAUUUUAUUCUGAUUUAUCAAAGAUACAAAAUAUUUUUAUGGGCUGUGUGUGAUUUUGUGACACUCCAAUGGCUCUGAGCGUAGUGCAGUCCCCCAAAACUUCUGUUGUAAAAAAAGUGUUGAUUGAACAUGUAGCCUCCUCCAAUAGGCAUUAUCGGCUUCCUACAUGCAAAUGUAUGCCUGUUGUAACAAACUUUAUUCCCAUGUAUGUAUACUGUACAAAGUAGAAACCUUAAAAUGGUUUUAAGGGAAGAUAUGCAAUUACCUUAUUACUACUGCCUAUUUUGUAUGACUGCUUUAGUCUAGCUUUCUUAUUUGCACUGUUUUUAUAAUAUGAGAAGAAUGGACCUUUCCAUACAGGCAGGGCAGUGAUUUGGCCUGCCUUGUACCAUGGGGCUGGCUUAUAACGGCAUCUUGUUUUGUACCCUUUUGACUCAGACUGCACUGAAGAUGAAGUUAGGUUGUUGUAGUACGAGGGAUGCUCGUCAGUUGCCAUGUGGACUUCGCAGAAUAUUGACGUGUGAAGUAAUCAUGUUCAAGGUCAUGGCGUAGGACCUGGUGUAGGACAGAUGGGAGAGAAUGCCACAGACGUGGCAAAUAAACAAUUUGCAGUUCUA